AUGGCGAACAAGAAUAUCCCAGCGGACGUCAAAGACCUCGCCUUAUUCCUGGCCAAGCACGGGCCGAGGAAGGUGCUACCAACGCCACGCCGCGUGCGAUUUUCAUUCAACGGCGCCUUCGUCGCAGACACGGACUGUGCUCUGCAUGUCUGGGAGCAUGAGUACUAUCCUCAGUUCUAUCUACCAAGGGAGGCUUUCAACGUCAAGACUGAGGGCUUCAAGGUUGACCUACAGGAAGGCGAGGUGCUGAAGGAUUCACAGGGCCUCGUGGUGGGCCGCCAGUGCAGCUUGACCGUGACGCCUGACGGGGAGCUCCCUGGACGGGCGAAGACGCUUACAGAGAUUGUGUGCUUUUCCGAGAGUCUGAAAGGCCCAGCGGAGGCUCUAAGAGGCUACGUCAAAGUAGCAUUCGCGGCAGCAGACCAGUGGUUUGAGGAAGACACGCCGAUCUUCGUACAUCCGAAGGAUCCCUUCAAGCGUAUCGACACUCUACAGUCCAACAGACCCAUCCGAAUCUCGCUUGACGGCACAGUCCUCGCUGAGUCCACAACUUCGGUACACCUUCUUGAGACGUCCUUGCCUACUCGGUACUAUAUUCCCUUGAGCUCUAUCAACGCUGCGUUUCUACGUCCUAGUGAUACAAGAUCGUUGUGUCCGUACAAAGGAGAGGCACAGUAUCACGACAUAGUCCUACCAGGUGGGAAAGUGUUCAAGGACUUGGUGUGGUACUACACACGGCCGACAAGCGAAAGUGUUGGAGUGGUGAACUUGAGGUGCUUCUACAACGAAAAGGUGGACAUCGAGAUCACUGACGCAAAGGGGCUCUGGAAGAGAUUGGAAAGACCAGUGACUCAUUUUGCUUGA